UCUAUUCAUUGUCCAUAUUAUAAAUACUGUAGAAUGUUUCUUGAUGAGUGUUACUUUUACAUGCUCUUUCAUUCGUUCUGGAGAUCCAGAAAGUAACAUAAAGGAGGGAAGUUUGGCCUUUGAAUUCUGUAGGAGUUAACACUUUGAGGCGGUGCGGCGGCCAUGGCAACAAAAGGGCUGGUGGUGUAUUUGCUGACGGGCUUUUCCGUGGCGAUUAUGUCGGUUUAUUUCAUCAGAAGCCAUUCGAAUGGAAGUUAUGCAGAAGUGUCACUUCUUUCAUCUUCAAACUCCAAUCUCUAUGGAUAUGAAUCCAAAGUUUGGCCUGACUUGAAAUUUAGUUGGAGAGCUGUUUUGGCAACUGUGAUAGGAUUCUUGGGGUCGGCUUGUGGAACCGUAGGCGGAGUAGGCGGAGGCGGCAUUUUUGUCCCUAUGCUUACUUUAAUCGUGGGAUUUGAUACCAAGUCUGCUGCUGCUAUUUCCAAAUGUAUGAUAAUGGGGGCUUCAGCAUCAUCAGUUUGGUACAAUUUGAGAGUGCCUCAUCCCUGCAGAGAAGUGCCAAUUAUUGACUAUGAUUUAGCCCUUCUCUUCCAGCCUAUGCUCAUGCUUGGCAUUACCAUUGGAGUAUCUUUGAGUGUUGUCUUCCCAUAUUGGCUCAUCACCGUCUUAAUCAUUAUUCUGUUCAUCGGGACUUCUUCAAGGUCUCUUUUUAGGGCAACUGAGAUGUGGAAAGAAGAGACUAUUUUGAAGAAAGCCAUGGCAGAGGGGCAACAAACUUUUGUUAACUCUAAUGGGGAAAUUCUAAUUGAUGUGGAGUACGAACCACUGGUCCCGAAAGAGGAGAAAACGGCUUUGCAAAUUAUGAGGGACAACCUUAACAUCAAGAGAAUUAUAGUGCUACUUCUCGUAUGGAUUUGUUUCUUGCUUCUUCAAGUGUUCAAGAAUGAUUUGAGAGCUUGUACUCCAUUGUACUGGGUGCUCAACUUGUUACAGUUCCCAGCUGCUUUUGCGGUGUUCUUUUACGAAUGCAUCAAACUGUACAAGGAAAGCAAGAGAAGGAGGCUGGUCGGUAACCAAGAAUCAAUAUGUGAGGCUAAUAUACAGUGGACUGCUACAAAUCUGGCACUGUGUGCACUAUGUGGUAUCAUAGGGGGCACAGUUGGUGGCCUGUUAGGGUCCGGUGGUGGUUUCAUUCUUGGUCCCCUCCUCCUUGAGAUCGGUGUCAUCCCUCAGGUUGCUAGUGCGACUGCAACUUUUGUGAUGAUGUUCUCAUCCUCGUUAUCUGUAGUCGAAUUCUAUCUACUCAAAAGAUUUCCCAUUCCUUAUGCUUUAUACCUCAUGUCUGUUUCAAUUUUAGCCGGGUUUUGGGGACAAUUCAUCGUAAGAAAGCUAAUUGCCAUCCUAAAACGGAGUUCAAUCAUCGUGUUUAUACUCUCUGGUGUCAUCUUCGCCAGCGCUCUAACUAUGGGCGUUAUCGGGGUAGAGAAAAGCAUCAGAAUGAUAAACAAUCACGAGUUCAUGGGAUUUUUGGAUUUCUGCAGCAAUCAAUAGUUUCUGCCCUGAAGAUAACUUAGGAUGAUGGACAGAUCAAGGAGCAAAUAGAACACAUGAAAAAGAAAUUUUUGAGGGUGUGGCCAAUGCCUAAUUGACCAAUCCCCAAUACAUUUUAAUAAAAGGGGCAUUUUCUCUGUAGGACCAAAGAGUUUGUCUGUGUUGAGUGUUAGCUAGCCUAAUACCACCAUUGUUAAUUUUGUUUUCAGAAUGAUCGUUUGCAUUUUGUUACUUUUGUGUAUGAGAAAUAAAUUAUAUAAAUUUUAUCUGGACGAUAUUGCAUCUUUUUAUAA